AGGAGUGCGCGGCUCUGCAAUGUCUGGGAACCCACCUAGAGGGCCCCCUUGACGCCAGCACAUCCCCUGUCAGGCAGCAGUCUGCAGCCGAGCCAGGCUGCUGCAGAGUUAAUGUACAGUACCACGGAGCCUGCAAGUGUCCUGAGCUGAUCAGAGCUGGGGCGGCACAGCCCAGGGCAGACAAGGCGGCUGCGAGGAUUCCAAAGGUUCUGCUGGAAAUUCGGUGCUGGGGGACUCCAGCGGGAGCCUGUUGCCAUUGUGUUUUAAAAGCAUGCAAGGUCUGUAUAGCUUGGGCAUGAGAAUCUUUCAGAAGAUAUCAGAGCAUCAGAAUAAAUGACACCUAUUGGAAAACUGAAUUUGGGGUGAAAAACAAAAGAGAUUGAGAGAGAGAAAAAAGAAAAGACAUCGGGGGAAGAAAUUCUUAGACAACGUCUGACUUGCAGCUGUGAAAUUCAUUUUCUUUCUAAGGCAAAAUAUGAAAAGCUCCCACAUGGUUUUGAUAAUAACAAAUUAAAGGGGAUUCUGCAGUGAAAAGAUCAAUAGCUUAGUCAUUUUACUUAAAGAGAGCAGGCAGCCUUAUUAUGGGGUUAGGCAGCAGAAAUGAAUUUCAUCGUGACAGCACCUUCUGAAGUCAUGAUGGUAGUUAAUGGCAAUUUUGUCCUGCAAAGCAGAAAUUACUCGUUGCCUUCCUACUUUUGCAGUUGAACCAGCAAUUCUGAAAUUUGGGGAAAGAAGCUGGCUUUGGUGAUACAUGCUUUCUAGCCCCUCUGCCCAGGUCUUUGUCCGACACGUCUCAGACGGUAGCACUGCGUUAAAGUGACCACACAUGAAUAUGUGCCUAAGAAAGAAGAAAAAGCAAUAUUCAUUUCUAAAGGACAGCAUGGCAAAGCAACCUGAAGUUUUCCAUUUCCCUUCUAACACUUCUUUAACAAGGAUAUCAAGAAACUGUCUUUUGACUCUUUUUUUUCUCACAUUCCAGAGUCCUUUCUUAAGGAUGCAUUAAUUUACACCCAAUGCAGUUAGAUUUUACCAGGACAAUAGUUGCCACCAUUUAGGCAUUUAGGAUUAGUAGUUGAACUGGUUAUUUUAGGGUGUUGACUAACUAGUGGAACCUAAAUGGAUGGAUCCAUACCUGCAGUGCUCUGUGAUGUUUCUUUUUUCAAAUCCUGGAAGGGCUUUUGUUAUUGCUGUUUGUCUUUAUUGGUGGGGGGAGAUUUUUUUUUUUUUUGGAAUUCAAUACUUGUUGCAAUAAUUGCCCACCAUAGCUGCUCAAACAAGAGAGUUGGAAUUCAUCUGUAAAAAUCACUACAUGUAACACAGGAGACAAGAAAAAUAUUAAUGACAGAAGAUCUGCGAACAUGAUGCACGUGAAUAAUUUUCCCUUUAGAAGGCAUUCCUGGAUAUGUUUUGAUGUGGACAAUGGCACAUCUGCGGGACGGAGUCCCUUGGAUCCCAUGACCAGCCCAGGAUCUGGGCUAAUUCUCCAAGCAAAUUUUGUCCACAGUCAACGCCGGGAGUCCUUCCUGUAUCGAUCCGACAGCGAUUAUGACCUCUCUCCAAAGUCUAUGUCCCGAAACUCCUCCAUUGCUAGUGAUAUACACGGAGAUGACUUGAUUGUGACUCCAUUUGCUCAGGUCUUGGCCAGUCUGCGAACUGUACGAAACAACUUUGCUGCAUUAACUAAUUUGCAAGACCGAGCACCUAGCAAAAGAUCACCCAUGUGCAACCAACCAUCCAUCAACAAAGCCACCAUAACAGAGGAGGCCUACCAGAAACUGGCCAGCGAGACCCUGGAGGAGCUGGACUGGUGUCUGGACCAGCUAGAGACCCUACAGACCAGGCAUUCCGUCAGUGAGAUGGCCUCCAACAAGUUUAAAAGGAUGCUUAAUCGGGAGCUCACCCAUCUCUCUGAAAUGAGUCGGUCUGGAAAUCAAGUAUCAGAGUAUAUAUCAAACACAUUCUUAGAUAAGCAACAUGAAGUGGAAAUUCCAUCUCCAACUCAGAAGGAAAAGGAGAAAAAGAAAAGACCAAUGUCUCAGAUCAGUGGAGUCAAGAAAUUGAUGCACAGCUCUAGUCUGACUAAUUCAAGUAUCCCAAGGUUUGGAGUUAAAACUGAACAAGAAGAUGUCCUUGCCAAGGAACUAGAAGAUGUGAACAAAUGGGGUCUUCACGUUUUCAGAAUAGCAGAGUUGUCUGGUAACCGGCCCUUGACUGUUAUCAUGCACACCAUUUUUCAGGAACGGGAUUUAUUAAAAACAUUUAAAAUUCCAGUAGAUACUUUAAUUACAUAUCUUAUGACUCUCGAAGACCAUUACCAUGCUGAUGUGGCCUAUCACAACAAUAUCCAUGCUGCAGAUGUUGUCCAGUCUACUCAUGUGCUAUUAUCUACACCUGCUUUGGAGGCUGUGUUUACAGAUUUGGAGAUUCUCGCAGCAAUUUUUGCCAGUGCAAUACAUGAUGUAGAUCAUCCUGGUGUGUCCAAUCAAUUUCUGAUCAAUACAAACUCUGAACUUGCCUUGAUGUACAAUGAUUCCUCAGUCUUAGAGAACCAUCAUUUGGCUGUGGGCUUUAAAUUGCUUCAGGAAGAAAACUGUGACAUUUUCCAGAAUUUGACCAAAAAACAAAGACAAUCUUUAAGGAAAAUGGUCAUUGACAUUGUACUUGCAACAGACAUGUCAAAACACAUGAAUCUACUGGCUGAUUUGAAAACUAUGGUUGAAACUAAGAAAGUGACAAGCUCUGGAGUUCUUCUUCUUGAUAAUUAUUCUGAUAGGAUUCAGGUUCUUCAGAAUAUGGUGCAUUGUGCAGAUUUGAGCAACCCAACAAAGCCUCUCCAACUGUACCGCCAGUGGACGGACCGGAUAAUGGAGGAGUUCUUCCGCCAAGGAGACCGAGAGAGGGAACGUGGCAUGGAGAUAAGCCCCAUGUGUGAUAAGCACAAUGCGUCUGUGGAAAAAUCACAGGUGGGCUUCAUAGACUAUAUUGUUCAUCCCCUCUGGGAGACGUGGGCAGACCUCGUCCACCCUGACGCCCAGGACAUUUUGGACACUUUGGAGGACAAUCGUGAAUGGUACCAGAGCACAAUCCCUCAGAGCCCCUCUCCUGCACCUGAUGACCCGGAGGAGGGCCGGCAGGGUCAAACUGAGAAAUUCCAGUUUGAACUAACUUUAGAGGAAGAUGGCGAGUCGGACACGGAAAAGGACAGUGGCAGUCAAGUGGAAGAAGACACUAGCUGCAGUGACUCCAAGACUCUUUGUACUCAAGACUCGGAGUCUACUGAAAUUCCCCUCGAUGAACAGGUUGAAGAAGAGGCAGUAGGGGAAGAAGAGGAAAGCCAGCCCGAAGCUUGUGUCAUAGAUGAUCACUCUCCUGACACGUAACAGUGCAAAAACUUUCAUGCCUUUUUUUUAGUAGAAAAAUUGUUUCCAAAGUGCAUGUCACAUGCCACAACCACGGUCACACCUCACUGUCAUCUGCCAGGACGUUUGUUGAACAAAACUGACCUUGACUACUCAGUCCGGCGCUCAGGAAUAUUGUAAUUAGUUUUUUCACCUCCAUAUCAUCAGAGCAAGGUGGACAUCUUCAUGAACAGCAUUUUAACAAGAUUUCAGCUUAGUAGAGCUGACGAAGCAGAUAAAAUCUACUCCAAAUUGUUUUCAAGAGAGCGUGGCUCAUCAGGUGGCCCAAAAGUUGAUGGGAUUUGGGGUUUCUAUUUUUUUUGUUUGCAAUAUUUUCAGAAGAAAGGCAUUGCACAGAGUGAACUUAAUGGACAAAGCAACAAAUAUGUCAAGAACAGGACACAGCACGAAUCUGUAAAGAGUAGGAGGAUGAGCCACAGAAAUUGCAUAAUUUUCUAAUUUCAAGUCUUCCUGAUACGUGACUGAAUAGUGUGGUUCAGUGAGCUGCACUGACCUCUACAUUUUGUAUGAUAUGUAAAACAGAUUUUUUGUAGAGCUUACUUUUAUUAUUAAAUGUAUUGAGGUAUUAUAUUUAAAAAACUAUGUUCAGAACUUCAUCUGCCACUGGUUUUUUUCUAAGGAGUAACUUGCAAGUUUUCAGUACAAAUCUGUGCUACACUGGAUAAAAAUCUAAUUUACAAAUUUUACUUGCACCUUAUAGUUCAUAGCAAUUAACUGAUUUGUAGUGAUUCAUUGUUUUAUAUAUCAAUGACUUCCAUAUUUUAAAACAGAAAAACAAGUUUAUGUUGCAGGAAGCCCUUUUUGUAAGUAUUUAGUUACUUUACAUUUUGUUUCACUCUUUCCAGAUAAGCAGAGUUGCUCUUCACCAAUGUUUUUCUUCACAGUGUGCAAAGUAACUAUUUGUUCUAUAAUAUUUUAAUGUGUGUUAUAUCAAAUGUGUCUUAAGCUUCAUGCAAACUCAGUCGUCAGUUGGUGUGUCUGAAGCCAGUGGGAGAUAUAUAAAUACCCAGUAGCUAAAAUGGUCAGUCUUUUUUAGAUGUUUCCCUACUUAGCGUCUUCUAAUAACAUUUUGCUGUGUCACAGACGUGCAUUUCACAAGUGCGUGUAUUUCUAAUAAUCCGCACAUUUCAUGCUCAUUUUUAUUGUUUGUACAGCCAGCUACAGUAAGAGAAAGGUUUUUCCCCUCGUGCUGCUUUAUAAUUUAGUGUGUGUCUGAACCUCCAUCCAUGGUUGCUAGAUGAAGUCUUGUCAAAUAUAUCACCACCAUUGUGACAGGUGAAAAGAAACAGUCAAAUUAGGGUUAACAUUCAUUUCAACCAUGAGGUUGUAUAUCAUGACUAGCUUUUACUCUUGGUUUACAGAGAAAAGUUAACAACUGCUAACUAGGCAGUUUUUAAGAAUAUUAACAAUAUAUUAACAAACACCAAUACAACGAUUCCUCUUUGGUUUUAAUGAUUUCACCACGGGAUUAAGAACUAUAUCAGGAACAUCCCUGAGAGAUGGUUUUAAGAGUAGCAAGUACUCUUCCUUAAUGGACAGCCAUAUAACAUGUAGGAAUUGCUUUAUCACUUAUUCUCGAUCCAUAAGCAUAUCUUGCAGAGGGGAACUACUUCUUUAAACACAUGGAGGGAAAGAAGAUGAUGCCACUGGCACCAGAGGGUUGGUACUAUGAUGCAUCCUAAAAUAUUAGAUUGGUAAAAAUUCUGCUUAAAUAAAAAAUUAGAGAUCACUCUUGGCUGAUACCAGCACCAGGAACUGUAUUACAGUUUUAGAUAUUAAUUCCCAAUGUUUACUGGAUUAUAGCAGUUAGCAUCAUGGGACAUUUUCGACUUUAUUCCCAUGUCAG